AGGCGUGACAGUGGGGUGAUAAUGCACACGUUAAUCAAACAGGUUUUAUCACACUGGUAAGCGUAUCCGGAUGUCGCUGGGGACUAUUACAGUCGAGGCUUUACCUUGAUGUUGAAAUAGGUCACAUCGGGACGUGUAUGUUGUAAUAUAUUCAUUGUCUUUUCAUGCGGGCGUCGCCAUACACUCCAGGCAACCGUGUACACAGGACUGGGGUAUUUCUGAAACUGGUUGUACAGGUACAUUGUGGUGGGAUAUUGUAACCUCUGUCUUCAGGGAAAGCGGUUGGCGACGAAAGGACGCCAUUAUGAUCAUAUCUUGGUUCAUUGGAGUAUGUGUGCUGUUGUUUGGACCGCUGGUUUCAAGGGCGUGUAACGUUACGCUCUAUGCUCAAGGGGAACCGCUGAAUUUCACAUCUCCUAACUACCCAGGCAACUACAUAAGCAAUGACAACUGUUAUUGGGACAUCUACCCUCAAACCAGAGGGAACAACGUUGUGCUCGACAUGGUGUUCUCCGAUAUUGAAGGCUCACCCGGAUCCACCUGUCGAUAUGACGCCCUUACCAUAUACGUAAAACAUAAUGGUGAUCAAAGAAUAGUCGAGUCAAAAAGAAUUUGUGGACAAAGCAGAUUACAUGUUAUUACCCGUGAAGACCAACAUUUUCAUGUAGUGUUCAAGACUGAUGGCAGUGUAACCAGAGGCGGUUUCCUAAUUAGAUAUUAUGAAACAGACGGUCACUCUUGUGGAGUAUCAGAUCUCUCCGCCUCUUCUGCUGCAUGGACGAACUUGACUUCCCCUGGCUAUCCUUCAAACUAUUCCAACAACCUAGACUGCCGGUGGACAAUUUCUGCACCCGUUGGAUAUGAAAUUAAAGUCGAAGUUAUGUAUUCUAUUGUUCAAAACUCGACAGCUUGUUCAAGCGACUACCUUCUCCUCAGUGACGGAUCCACGUCUUUCGCUUCUCAGUUGGGAAAAUAUUGUGGUCGUAGUUACAUCACCAGGGAAGUCGUCAGCUCCAGAAACUACGUGACCAUCACAUUCCACACCGACGGCUCUGACACAGCACCAGGAUUUAAUCUGAAAUACAAAGCUGGAACGUUCCUAACAACUACUACAGAGAGAGCAAAUGAGCUUAAUUGUGGAAGUUCAUUGCUCAGCGCCUCUACGUCCACCUGGAGAUAUUUGUCGUCUCCUGGCUACCCCAACUACAACUACAACAACAACAUGGACUGCAAGUGGACAAUUUCUGCACCCGUUGAAUAUAAAAUAAAAGUUGAAAUUAUAGUUCUUUCUGUGGAAUCCGUGGCCGGGUGUGCAAACGACUAUCUCCUCUUCAAUGACGGUUCCUCUUCUGACGCUACUCAGUUGGGAAAAUACUGUGAUGGUACCAGGAAUGUAGUCAGCUCCAGUAACACCAUUACCAUCACCUUCCACACUGACCGCUCUAUCUCAGGCAGAGGAUUUUCUUUGAAAUACAUGGCGCGGACGUCAGGUGCGAAUGGGCUUAAUUGUGGAAGUUCAUUGCUCAGCGCCUCUACGUCCACCUGGAGAUAUUUGUCGUCUCCUGGCUACCCCAACUACAACUACAACAACAACAUGGACUGCAAGUGGACAAUUUCUGCACCCGUUGAAUAUAAAAUAAAAGUUGAAAUUAUAGUUCUUUCUGUGGAAUCCGUGGCCGGGUGUGCAAACGACUAUCUCCUCUUCAAUGACGGUUCCUCUUCUGACGCUACUCAGUUGGGAAAAUACUGUGAUGGUACCAGGAAUGUAGUCAGCUCCAGUAACACCAUUACCAUCACCUUCCACACUGACCGCUCUAUCUCAGGCAGAGGAUUUUCUUUGAAAUACAUGGCGCGGACGUCAGGUGCGAAUGGGCUUAAUUGUGGAAGUUCAUUGCUCAGCGCCUCUACGUCCACCUGGAGAUAUUUGUCGUCUCCUGGCUACCCCAACUACAACUACAACAACAACAUGGACUGCAAGUGGACAAUUUCUGCACCCGUUGAAUAUAAAAUAAAAGUUGAAAUUAUAGUUCUUUCUGUGGAAUCCGUGGCCGGGUGUGCAAACGACUAUCUCCUCUUCAAUGACGGCUCCUCGUCUGACGCUACUCAGUUGGGAAAAUACUGUGAUGGUACCAGGAAUGUAGUCAGCUCCAGUAACACCAUUACCAUCACCUUCCACACUGACCGCUCUAUCUCAGGCAGAGGAUUUUCUUUGAAAUACAUGGCGCGGACGUCAGGUGCAAAUGGGCUUAAUUGUGGAAGUUCAUUGCUCAGCGCCUCUACGUCCACCUGGAGAUAUUUGUCGUCUCCUGGCUACCCCAACUACAACUACAACAACAAUAUGGACUGCAAGUGGACAAUUUCGGCACCUGCUGGAUAUAAAAUAAAAGUCGAAAUUAUAGUUCUCUCUGUGGAAUAUGAAACCACCUGUGCAAGAGACUAUCUCCUCUUCAGUGACGGCUCCUCGUCUUACGGCACUAAGUUGGGUAAAUACUGUGAUGGCACCAGGGACGUGGUCAGCUCCAGUAACGCCAUGACUGUCACCUUCCACACUGACAACUCUGUGACAAAAAGAGGAUUUUCUUUUAAAUACAUGGCGCGGACGUCAGGUUGUGGCACAGAGGAAGAGAUAAACGGAUAUGAAACGAAAUAUAUUGAAUCACCGAAUUAUCCUCUUGACUAUCCCGACAAUGCGGACUGUUCAUGGACAAUCAGCACUGAUGUUGAAGGAUAUGUAAUCCAUGUGAAAGUGGAGUUUUUCUACCUUGAGCAUGACAGCACGUGUUCCUAUGAUUAUGUGCAGCUCUAUGACGUCAGGGGAACAUAUGAACACUCGCUUGGUCGAUGGUGUGGAUCGGAUGGACCAGAUACACAGAGUACAGGGUUGAGUAUGAAGGUUCGAUUCCUCUCCGAUGCUUCGAGCACCUUCACAGGAUUCAAGUUGGCCUUCACUGCCGGCGAACCAACAUCUUCCUCGUCUUUUUCACCGAACUUUGGAGGGGUCAUUGGAGGGGUAUUCGGCGGCAUUGUGGGCGUGGCUAUAUUAACGUGUUGCUGCUGUGGAAUUUGCUCUAGGAAAAAAUCCACGACAAACGACCAGUCACAAAGGAACAGAUCUCGUGAAGACAACGUGAACAACGUCUUCUCCAUCCCCCUGCCCAUCUACCCACCAACUACGGCUACUACUCUGCCGGCUAUGUUUACUCCACCCCCAGCUUACAGUGAAGUCGUGAAGGAUGACCCCCCACCCUACUGUCAGGCAGUUCCACUAUCAGACAUACAGCCCGUUGUGACGUCAUCCCCUAACGACGCAUAUGAAGGGAUAGAUAACCCAGCAGGCCCGAGUUGAGUGACAGUUUCACAUGAUGUGGACACAUACAUGAAUACACACAGAUUAACAUGUUUUUUAAUGAAAUCCCCAAACUCCAUCGACAGCAAACAACAGCAAACACCGUCAAAAAUUGUUCCAAAGAGGUAUAUUUGAUAUUUUCUAAGAAUAUCUACCACCAUAAGAAAAUGCAGUUAUCUGUAUUCUUACAAUAUCUGGUUCGCGAUCUAUUUGGGUCAUGUGUGAUGUUGAUUGUUGAACUGUGCAUAACCAAGGAACAGAAGUCACGUUUUACAAGUGAAAGAACGUUCACCAACUGAUCAGUAGUCAAUAAAGACUAUCACAAUCAUGCCACAAGCAUAUCAAUUGUGAAUGGAUGAUAAUACAAUGACCACGAUGAGAAACUUUUGAAAUUCCUCUUGAUUGUGGUAGCAUAUACUUAUAAUUGUUUUUGUUAUUUGUUAUAAAACUAUUUUGAAUAUCAAAUGAU